CCGUACCGUACGUGCGCGAUUACAUGCGCAACACAAAAAAAGUGCGACUGGCUUGACCGCAGUCGAGCAGAGAAGGUAGAAGACAACACUCUGACAGCAUCUGAACUGUAUUAAAAACCUUUCAGACCGAAGCAAAAUGUCCGCCGACACUGAAAUGGAGAGAAAUAUCUGUGACUUCUUGAAGCAAAACGGCAAAAGCAAGGCGUUGAUCAUUUCUAACAAAUUCGGACUAGAUAAAUGCACCGUGAAAAAACAUCUGUACAACCUGCAGAGAGCAAAUCAGGUGUUCAAGAGUGACGAGCUGCCUCCUGUUUGGGAUCUUAUGGAGAAGAAGAAUGAGAUCAAACACACACUCAAACCACAGCUAAAGUCUCAGACGACAAGAGACACCAGUGAAGACAAACAUGUGGAGGAUCUGCUGAGAUCAGGAGGUUUAAAAGCCCAAAAGAUCGCCAGCAAGCUGGGACAGUCGAAACAAAGCAUCCAGAAACAGCUGUACAGUUUGGAGAAGGAGGGUAAAGUUUCAGCCAAGAGAGGUUUUUCCAGUUCCUGCCCCAGUGAUCAUGGACUGGACUCAGUUUCAGGAUUGCAGAAUUUUAAAGUGAUCGCAAAACUUGGUGAAGGAGGCUAUGGCUGCGUUUAUAAAGUAAAACAUAAAUAUGAUGACAAGAUCUAUGCUGUAAAGAGGGUCAUCUUAACCAGAAAAGCUGAUUCUGAGGUGAAGACACUGGCCCGGCUAGAUCACCCAAACAUAGUGCGGUACAUCACAUGCUGGCCAGAUUCUGACAACUGGACGUCAAACCAAGGAAGAAACCAAGUGUCCAACACUUCAUCAGAUGUAGUGACCUUUGAGAGAGACAGCUGUGAAGAGGAUGAUGAUGAUGAAGAUGGCACAUCAGGAAUGCAAAGUCUGAGUGUGACCGAAUCAGCAUCUGGAAACAACAGAACUGACGGUUCAAAUCACAGCACGACAUAUUUAUUUAUUCAGAUGGAGUUCUGUGAGGGAGGAACACUGACUGAUUGGAUAAAGGCGAGAGAUUUUAUGGAAAAACCAAGAACCAUUGUGGAAAUCCAUCAAAUAUUUUAUGAAAUCAUCACUGGAGUGGAAUACAUCCAUGCAAACAAGCUCAUCCACAGAGACUUGAAGCCUGAUAACAUACUGUUCGGUGCUGAUGGCAAAGUGAAGAUCGGAGACUUUGGGCUGGUGGCAGCUCAGACCGAUCAAAAUGGUGACCCUAUAGAGAGGUCAAACAGAGGAACAACAUCUUAUAUGAGUCCUGAACAGAAAAAUAAGAGGAAUUAUGAUGAAAAAACAGACAUUUUCCCCCUUGGACUCGUAUGGUUUGAGAUGCUCUGGAAAAUAUCUACUGGUAGUGAAAAAGUGAAGCUGUGGCCGGAUCUGAGAGAUAAAAGAUUUCCAGAAGGGUUCAGUGACGGUUAUCAAACUGAGAGUAAAUUCAUCAUGAAGAUGUUGUCAUAUUCACCAGAGCACAGACCACAUGCAAAAGACUUAAAAGAAAAACUGGAGAAGUUUUUCUCUCUGGAUCAGAAUCUGUUAAGCCAGAAAACCGUCUGAGAUUAUGUAUAGAAAAUGUCUCAGCAGUUUGGUCGGGUUCUUUCAAAAUAAUGAUUUGCCACGGAGUACUUCUGACGAGCAACAGCUUUUUCAUUAUGACGAUUUAAUUGAUUUAUUCAUAAUCUAAUGAACUACAGUAUUUAUUAAUGUUCUCUGAUUAAAGUGAUAAUAUAAACUGGGGAGUGAUUUUAUUAAAAAAAAUAAUAAUGUGAAAUAAUGUUCAGAUUUCUUCUAGUAUAUUUUAAAUAUAUCAUAGAAAUUCAUUAUUUUGAUUUUGUGAGGCUGCUUUUAGAAAUCCCGACAUGAAUGUAAUUUCACAACAUUUUUGUUGUGUUAGCUGUAUAAAAUUGACAUGGAUUUGCAUCUUAAAUGUGAUUGCAACUAAAAAAUACUCAAAGUUACAGUUGUUUGAUUACAGUGUAAACCAAAAUGCAAUAUUAUGUAAUGUGAAAACAUUUUGUACUGGCGGGGAAGAUUACUGCUUGAAUUGACUUUCAGCUGUCAGGCGUCUUUCAUGACAAAUAUACUGUUUAUGCUUGGUGGAAUGAAAAGAAAGAAAAUGUGUCAUUAAUAUCAAUGUGUUCUGACAUUGGAUAAAAUAAAUUCAUAUUUUUUAAGAAAUUGUUACUUUUCUUUCAUAUUACAAUGACAAAACGACCAUUCAGUUAUAUUUGAAUUGUAUUUCUUUCAAUGCUUUGGGAGGAUGUUAUCAUUUUGCCUUGUAAAAUAAAACAUUGGCAGUUUAUCAAUACAAUAUAUA